UUUUCACAAAAAGGAAAUUCCCAACCCUUUACCAUUUUUCUUAUUCAAUAUUCCAAAGAAAGAGCAAAAUCUCAUAAACCAAAUUUCACAUUUGAAGAAAAUUGAUCAAAGAAAGUGAAAAAUCAAACACAAAAAUCCCAAAAAUUUCUUCAAUUCCAUAGUUUUUUUCUCCAAAACCCAUCUUCCCCUUUUCAAAUCUCCUUGAUUCUCAAACCCUAAUUCAUAAAUUCUCCUUAAAAUUUGCAUAUUGAGUUUCAAAAAUGGGGUUUUUGGAAUCUUAAUUUUCAAGAUUUGGAGGAGGACCAUGAUGAGAAGUAUAUGGUGGUGGGAAAAAAACCAUGAUUUCCUACUACCCUUUUUGAGUUAUUGUAAGAUUCAAUCAAAAUCGACUGGUUUAGUUGUGAAUGGAAUCGAAGAAAGUUGCUUCAUCUGGGGAAAUUCAGAAUAAAAAAUACAAAAACUUGAAGAUUUUACAGUGGGAAGAUUAUGAACAGGAAUUAGCUCGUUUGUGUAGCCUUACAUCUGCUCUUAAUGAAGCUAAGCAGAAGAAAGAAUUGGUUCAGCAGAAACUACAGUCAUUUAUACAGGUAGAAGCAGAGUCACUAAGUCGUUUGAAUGAGCUUGAUGAGAUGAAAGAAAAACUGGAUUCUAGAAAAUUAGUGAUGGGAAACAUGUCGAUGCAUUCUAAAGUUGUUAAAGAGAAAGUCAAGAAGCAAGAGGAGCAACUUAGUAAUGACAUCAGGUCACUUUUGGUUGCAGGGACUUCUCUUUCUGCAGCUAGCAAGCGCUUGCAGGAUGAAAGUAGGUCCCUAGCUGGAGAAAGGGGUUAUGGGCAACUCAGAACCUUGCAGAGGGUAUUCAGAACGAGACAACAGUAUAUGGUGUCUCAAGUUCACAUGCUUUAUCCUGUGAGGGUUGCAAUUGGACAGGCACCUGAGCAAGAACUUGAAUUUUUCAACAAUAGUUCCAACUCAGGUGACUCUACUGGGUCAAAACCUUUAGAUCAUGGAUCCUUGACCAUUGCAGGUCUACAUUUGACUGUGUUCACUAAGAUGAGUUUCUUUACUGAUAAGAAGGAGGUUCAGAGGUCUGCAACUGCCCUGGGAUAUGUUGCACAUGUGGUCACACUUAUUGCAUCUUAUUUACAAGUUCCUCUUCGUUAUCCCUUGAGGUUUGGAGGAUCUCGAUCAUAUAUCCGUGAUUAUGCACCUUCAAUAGAGCCUUCAUCAUCUGAUUUAAUAUCUAGUUCCUCAGUUUCCACAAAUUCAAGACCCGUGGAAUUUCCUCUAUUUUUAGAAGGCCAAGACUCAACAAGAGCGGCAUAUGCUGUUUUCUUGCUGAAUAAGGAUAUUGAACAACUUCUGAAUUAUAUUGGAGGCAGAAGUUUAGGGCCAAGACAUGUACUAGCUAAUUUGAAAGAGCUUCUUAGGAUAAUACUUUCUUCAGAGUAUAUAGACACAUCAUUAUGAUAUUAUGUAAAUGUAGAUCAUUGUUAUUUUUAUACAGGUGCUAAAUUUUCACUUAAAGCACCUUGCCUU